AUGCUCGCGCGCAUUUCCAAGGGCUUCGGCCACAAGGCCAGCGGCAAGAGCGCCCUGAAGUUCAGGUUUGAUGUGCAGAUUGAGAAGCUCGAGAACCUGCCGUCAGCGGUGAAGAAAUGUCGCGUCGUAUGGUCAAGGGGGUCCAAGCUGCAGAUGACCGAAAUGAAGGACGUCAGAGGAGGUGUGGCCAAGUUUGGUCAGCCGCUGACUAUGGUGGCGACCCUGUACAAAGACCCCGUCAACGGCUUCGAGUCCAAGCAGCAGCAGCAGCAGCAACAGCAGCAGCAGCAGCAGCAGCAGCAGCAGCAGCAGCAGCAGCAGCAGCCUUUGCAGCGUGGACACAAUCAAAGCGCCCCAUGCGAGUACAGCUUCAAGGUCCAGGUCCCAGGCAAGGACGGCGCCGCCAAGAUGUUCACGGUGGGAAAGUCCGAGUUGGACUUUGCCAUGUACGCCGGGAUGGACAAGUCCUCGAGCACCAAAAUGAUCCCCAUCGUGUUCAAGGUGCGGGAGGACGGGGUGCAGACGGCGGCACUCAGCCACGCCGAUGACGGCGGCAGCGGCCACGCAUGCGAUUCCCCACACGGCCCCAUGCGGCGAUCCCCGUCCCGCAUGCGAUGGCGCUGGUAG